GAGAGAGGUCCCAUGCAGCAGGUCUCCAGUCAGGGAGAAGCAGACGAAGCCUGAGGUCAUGCUGCGUGUCCUGCAUCAUUUCCCCGCACCUAGAGGCGACGUGUGACUCCACUGGGCGCCGUCAUGGCCAAAGGAGGCCCCGGGGCCACUUCAGUGUCAGCGCUCUCACGCAGCCGAGGGCGCGACAUCUGGUGUCCAAAUGAGAAGGGACGGCGGUGGAGGACUGCACUCGGACGCACAGCUGUGAAACACUAUGAAGGCAAAAGGUGCAACGCGCGAGGGUCUCUGUGAGCCGCAGUGAGAGUCAUGGAUCACCUUUUCCGGAGGAAGCGGGUCGGUCUGCUGAAGCCCCUGCUGAGCCUGUCUCUGGUCUUCGCCUCUUUUCUCAUGAUCCACAAGCUGAAGCUGGCGGAGAAGGACGGCGCGGGAGUGAAGCACGCCAGGGAUGCCGGCUGGUGCGGCUCAGAGUGCUUCUCAUUCAAGAAAGGAGCCGUGAAGAGCACCUCGGGGAGCUCGGAGGCUCCUGCGCUCAGCGGCGACGCGGACGCGCCGCGCGUCUCCAACGGGACCCCGUCCUCGUGGGACGCACAGGUGCUCAACUGCAGCGAGGACGCGUCGGUGAGGACGCAGGACUGGUUCCGGCGCUUGGACCCGAGGUUUCACCAGUUCGUUCUGCACAGACACUGCAGGUACUUCCCCAUGCUCAUCAACCACCCGGAGAAGUGCGCGGACGGAGAGGUGCACCUCCUCAUGGUGGUCAAGUCCGUCAUCGAGCAGCACGACCGGCGGGAGGCGGUGCGUAAAACCUGGGGCAAGGAGCACACGGCGGACGGGAAGAAAAUCAAAACUUUGUUUCUUUUAGGGAGCCCGACGAGCGGGAAAGACACCAAGAACCUCCAGAAACUGAUCGAGUACGAGGACGUGAUCUACGGGGACAUCCUGCAGUGGGACUUCAUGGACACCUUCUUCAACCUGACCCUGAAGGAGGUCAACUUCCUCAAGUGGUUCGACAUCUACUGCUCCGGCGUGCAGUUCAUCUUCAAGGGAGACGACGACGUGUUCGUGAACACGCACAACCUGCUGGAGCUCAUCGGCUUCAAGGUGGAGGAGCGCAAGGAGGCCGACGUGUUCGUGGGGGACACCAUCUCCAAGGCGAUCCCCAUCCGGAACCGCCAGAGCAAAUACUACAUCCCCAAAGAGCUGUACGACAAGCCGUACCCCCCUUACGUCGGAGGUGGGGGGUUUCUGAUGUCCUCCCAGCUGGCCAGGAGGCUCUUCGUGGUCUCGGAGGACAUGGAGCUGUACCCGAUCGACGACGUGUUUUUGGGGAUGUGCCUGCAGAAGCUCCACCUGUCCCCAGAGCUGCACCCGGGCUUCAGGACCUUCGGCAUCACCAGGCGCCGGGUGAGCCCCAUGAACAGCGAGCCGUGCUUUUAUAAAAACCUCAUCGUGGUGCACAAGCUGAGCGCGCAGGAGCUGCUCAGGAUGUGGAGCGUGGUGCACAACGGGGACCUGGUUUGCGCGCAAAAGACCUCCAUAUGACCGGAUCAAGUCACUGAGGCCGAGCUGACUUCGAGUUGAUCGCACACGAUGGUGCAUGUAGUGAAGGGAGGGCGGGCUUGGACACAUGGAGGACAGUGCAUUUUCAUCCAGACAAUGUGUUUUCACCCAUCCCGUCACUGCUCUGAAACAUGUCUGUAUGCAAAAAAUUAAAGGUGCACUCUAUAGUUUUGGGGAGGAGAUUUUAAAUCAGAGGAGAAAGAUCUUCAUCGACUGAUGAACAAACUUUUUUUCUGUUUGUGACUGAAUAAACAGACCAUAACAACGUUGCUAUUGAAAUUUUUAUUCUCCAAAACUACACAAUGGCCCUUUAAAAUGGGCCCCACGCUCAUGUGAACAGGUUGGGUCUCCUCUCCACUAGUCCUACAGUGCUUUGAUUUUUUUUUUUUUUUUUCAUUUUGUGAAACCACUACCACGAGUCCCCUGGAAGGUUUCUGUGCUUCUUUUACUCUUUAGUGCCAUUUCAAACUCCAUUGAUGUAAAUCUGAGAACCAGUGUUCAUGUAAAAACAAACAAACAAACAAACAAACAAACAAAAAAACACAGUUGUAAUGGUUCCAGUGUGUGUUUGUGCAGGUGUAAAUGAGACUUGACUUGUUCCAUUCAGGUGUUCCUCUGGAGCUGCUGAUCCCGAUCGUAAAAUUGCGCGAUUGCAGGAUUUCAGCGUGACUUGUCAAAGUGGACUCCGAGAAAACAGAUGGCUGUGUGAUUCUGACCUUGUAAAAAAUCAAGCGAUAUCAUUUUUUUUUCAAAGUUAAUAUAUUGUUUUAUUUCACCUUAUAUUGUAUUUUUUAAAAGAGUUAAUUCAUUUGUGUAUGAUUUUCCGCAGAGGC